AUGCCAGCGCAGGUCUCCAAGCCCCCAGCCCCUGCUUGGUCCCGUUGGCAGCUGGACCCCGGUGCUUGGGGGCCCUGGGGACCCUGGAGCUCCUGCUCCAGCUCCUGCGGGGACGGCGUCGCCCUCCGUACUCGGAGGUGCCUGCGGUCCAGCGAGGAGGAGCCGUGCACGGGUGACCCGCGGCAGUACCGGCUCUGCCAGCUCCAGGGCUGCCCCAGCGGCUCCGUGCCCUUCCGUGCCAUGCAGUGCUCUCUCUACGACAACAAGCCCAUCCUGGGCACAUCAGCCCGGUACCAGUGGGUGCCCUUCCAUGGAGCCCCCAACGUCUGUGACCUGAACUGCUUGGCCGUGGGGCACAACUUCUACUACACCUUCGGCCGGGUGCUGGAUGGCACCCGCUGCGGCCCCGGCUCUCCGGACCUCUGUGUCAGCGGGCGCUGCUUGAGCGUGGGCUGCGAUGGGAUCCUGGGCACGGGUGUGCGGCCGGAUACCUGCGGGCCGUGCGGCGGGGGCCACGAUGCGUGUCUCUUUGUGCAUCGGCUCUUCCAGGGCGAGGACGCCUCCUCCGGUUCUUUUGGGUACAUGAAUGUGACCAGGAUCCCAGCUGGGGCCAGCCACAUCAAGGUGACGGACAAGAGCCGCAACUACCUCGGUAGGACAUGUCCUGUCUCUGUCCCAGUCAGUCCCAGUCCCCCAGUCAGUCCCAGUCUCUCCCAGUCAGCCCUGGUUGGUGCUACCCACGGGUGCAGUGAUGGAAGGGUAAGGGGGGUUUGCUCUGUGCCGUUCCCUGCGGUUCUGCUCCGAUGCAGGUUCCAUGGACAUUCCAAUGAACACUUGGGGCAGUUUUCCAGAGGCUGCGGCUGUGGUUUUGGGGAAGGGCUGAGCUGGAGCAGGGCCAGGACUGGGAUCCCCAGACCCCCCAGUUCCCCUCUCAGUGCAGUCGGGUCCCUGUCCCCCCCCGGGACCAUGCUCGGGGGCAGUUUGCACACCAGGGUUUGGCUCGGGAUGAAAGCCAAGAUCUCACAAGAAAGCAGAUUUCUCGUAAGCCCCGGCCGCAGCUCUCCCAGCCCACGCUGCCCUCCCCGCCUGGGGAGAGGCCUUCGGUGGGGACCCAGGCAUUGCCCGGUGCAGGGGUCCCAGCGUCCAUGCAGUGCUUAUGCCUCAGACACGCUCCCUCCUGCAGCCCUGAUGACGAGCGAUGGGCGCUAUGUGCUCAAUGGGGACUGGUCCAUCGCCUGGCCGGGGCAGUACGAAGCAGCCGGCACCCGGCUACACUACACCCGGAGCCCCGAUGGCACUGAGAGCCUGGAGGCCCCUGGCCCCACUGAUGAGGAUCUGCAAGUGAUGGUCCUCCUGCAGGAGCCCAACCCUGGCAUCGAGUACGAGUUCUGGCUGCCCCGUGGGCACCCGCAUCCUGCCCAUGGCAACUCCAGCCCCCUGCGGCAGCCCCAGCCCCGAGGGGCUGGCACCCCCCCACCCCAGGACCCCCCGGGACCCCCAGCUCUGCCCCCCAGCUCUGCCACGGAGCCGCCACCGAGGAGCCCCCCUGGCUGGGCCGGGGUCCCCGCAGGGCGAUGCGGGAGGUGCCGAACCCCCAAGGGCCGCUCGCAGCGCAUCCUCCACCUCUGCCAGAGCGACUUUGCGUUCCGGGGCCGGAUCCUGGCUCGGCGCUUGGUGGGGCAGGAGACGCGCUACGAGGUGGAGGUGAUGGCUCCGUACCGGUACCGCUCCCCGCUGCUGCGCAGGGAGUACCUGUGGGUACCCAACGCCUGCGGCUGCCCCCCGCUGCGGGAGGGGGCCGAGUACGUGCUGAUGGCCAGGCGGCACGUUAACUACGAGCGCACCCUCAACCGCAUCCUGCUGCAGGACCACGGCUACGCCCGCCCAUGGACACCCCGCGAGGAGCGCCUGGUGCGGGAGGCGGCCCGGCACUGCCCCCAGCCCCGGCCGCCCUGAGCAUCCCCCGCAUCCCCCCCGCCUUGGGGAGGGCGCUGCCGGCAGGACCCCGGGGGCUGGGGAUGCUCUCGUCGAGCAUCAAACCCUUGCUAUGGGUGCGGAGGGGGCUGCAGGGAC